AUGGCCGAUACUCAGCAUUUCCUGAGCCCGGAAACCAUGCCCAACAAUGCCCCUGUUGUUACAACGCAAGAAGCCCAACAGUAUACCACGCUCAGCUCUCAUGAAACAUCGUCGUUACAAGUAUUCGGUGAUGUUCGUGUGAUGCCUGACUAUGGUAUGGAUUUAUCCUUCGAGGCAGUGAUUAAUGAUGAGGACAUCUUCGGCCAAUUCAUGGAUGUGUCUGAUGUUGGCGACCCCUUCUUGCUCGAUUUGACUCCGUUCCACCCUCCACACCAUGUUCCAGAAAAUGAUGGCGACUUUGCCAGCGGUGCUAGUAUCACGCCGUCGUCAGUGGUGGAAACGGUGUGCCAUUUCAAGUCACCUUAUCCAUGGGUUCGAAAUUGGUCACUGUCCUAUGCAAAUGAUGAGAGCAGACACACAAAGCUAGUAAAAGAGAGGGCGUUUGUCCUCCCUAGCGCUGACGAGAUUCAAACCUCCUUCAUGUUGUACUUCACACACAUGCAAGUCAGGCUGCCCGUUCUCAGCGAACGCGAAUUCCAUCAACUUCUCACUGAAGAACAUCCCAAGCCUAUUAGUUUGGCACUUCUGUAUGCCAUUCUUUUCGUCACCACUCCGUAUCUAGCAGCCGAAGGGAAGAAAGUGGCUGGAUACAGCUCUAUCUUUGCCGCAACGUGCGAAUUUUACUCUCGAGCAGCUCUACUAUUAAAGCUUGGAUGCGAGGAUGACUUGUUGAAAAGAGUACAGAUAUGUUUACUCCUGAGCACGUAUCGAUCAUAUGAAAAUCGCUAUUACGAGAAUGAACGCUAUGUUACAACCGCUUACGACCUCCUCAUUGAGAAUGAUGCAUUUCAAAGAAGUUCAACCUCUACCAGUCCAGAUUGGCUCGCAUGGAAGCGAGCAUGCAUUUGUUUUCAGUCUCGGGCAGUCUGCUUACUGAUCGCUCUCAAGAAAACGAGUAGACCAGAAAUGUUCGACUCGUCACUCCUUUCCUGCUCCGCAAUAUCCAUGGAUGAUUUCCAAGAAGACUGCAGCUUUUCAUGGUACCUUAGUAAGGAGACCAAGCAACAAACAUACCGCUUGUUUGUGGCCGUCUUCCAGCUUCAGAUGCGUACGGUUGAACUUGGUAAGUUGUUGGUAUACCGGACGGCAAUGUACUCUCCGAAUCAAUCGCAAAGCAAAAUAAUGCCAUUGAAACCAGAGCAUUUGUCUGUCGAGGACGUCGAGCUGAGAAUAGACGAGUGGAGGCAAGAAAACAAACGGCUGCUGGAGCAUGAACCGCCAGAUUCAUCCUCUCCGACAGACUGCAAAGCCUAUAAGAUAGCACGUGCUUUUACGAUGCUCUCCUACGAGUAUUUCCGGUCGGAGCUAUACCAGACCACCUUGAUCGUGGAUAAGGAUGGUCUCACGCCUUGGGCGAUGAGACUUCGGGAAGCUUCUCGCGUGGCACUUCGUGAAUCCGUAGCUGCCACUAUCUCCAUCUUGGAAGGCGUAGAGGCCGAUGCUCUCUCAGCAUUCCUCCCUCCAGGAAGUCUCUGCUGCGUGAUGAUCCCACUGACCAUCCUCUACACCCAUCUAAAGACGACAUCGAACUAUGAACCACUUAUGUUGGAGAAGUUGGCUAUGUGUUCUAGGUUUACGCGCACUUUGUCGAGCCUCCACGACCCUGCCGGUUUCUUCCAUGCUUUGAUGAAUGCAACGUUAGCCAUGGUGGAUCGAUAUCGCCUGGCACAAGACAAUCUUGUUCGUGGUCUGCCCGGUAAGGCUGACGGCGGAGGGGCGGACGAUCCAACGAGAGGAACGGGGCAGGUCAUUGUGCCAUUGCCCGGAUUAAGCCUACACUCUUCCAUUAUCCGGCUCCAAAAUUUGGCCUACGCGAAAGGCGUUCCCGAAUCCCCAUGCACCACUUCGAGGUGA